AUGGACCUUGUCAACCAUCUCUCCGAUCGCUUGCUCUUUGCAGUACCCAAGAAGGGGCGACUGCAAGCGGCAACCCUCGACCUGCUAUCCGGGUCCGACAUUCAGUUCCGGCGUGAGACACGGCUGGAUAUUGCGCUGGUUAAGAACCAUCCGAUCGCCCUGAUUUUCCUCCCCGCGGCGGACAUUCCGACAUUCGUGGGUGAAGGCAAAGUCGACCUUGGAAUCACGGGCCGGGACCAAGUCGCCGAACAUGACGCCCACCUUGCAUUGGGCGAGGAGUCCGGCGUGGAGGAAGUGAUGGAUCUGGGCUUUGGACGGUGUAAACUGCAAGUGCAGGUCCCUGAAAAAGGAAGCAUCCAGGAAGUCGGGGAUCUGGUUGGCAAGAACGUUGUAACGAGUUUCACUGGGCUGGCGGAGGACUAUUUCGCACGCCUAGAGGGGCUGGGCGGGCGGAAAGAGAGCAUCAGCGGCACGGCGAGCCCAAUUCCAAAACUAAAGACGAAAAUCAAGUUCGUCGGCGGCAGUGUCGAGGCCGCCUGUGCGCUGGGAGUGGCAGACGGGAUCAUUGAUCUGGUUGAAUCCGGGGAGACCAUGAGAGCAGCUGGCCUCAAGGCCAUCGAAACGGUGGUGGAGAGCACAGCUGUGUUGAUCAAAUCGAAGUCGGCGUCAAACGAAAAACUAGUCGACCUGAUCGCCGCAAGAAUACGAGGCGUUAUCACGGCGCAGAGAUAUGUCUUGUGCCAGUACAAUGUCCCCCGGGAGAAGCUGGCAGAAGCCACCCAUAUUACCCCUGGGAAGCGGGCUCCUACAAUUACAGCGCUUGAAGAACCAGAUUGGGUCGCAGUCAGCUCGAUGGUGGAGAAGAAGAAUAUUGCCACGGUCAUGGACGAGUUGACGGCUGUAGGUGCAACGGAUAUCCUGGUAUUGGACAUUGCGAAUUCACGGACGGGUUGA